GGAAAUCCAGUGAGAUCUCGCGCAAGGAAGCCAGCCCGGCGCGCCAAAUUUCAAAGAACUUCCUGGGAAAAAGAACGCGAAAACUAGCCAAGUAGCCACCUUGCCAGCUAAGCCACCCAUCGAACAAAAUUAAGAAAAAAUAUAGCUAUAGAAUGAGCUGAUGCAUUUCGUGCAUUUUGAGUAAGGGUGCGUGCACAUGAGUACAUUCUGCUGCACCGAGGUAAUUUAUCGGGAGCAAAAAAUAAUUGGUUUCUUGUCAUUUUGCUCGCUAGCUAAAGAAGAUAGCUAUAUGCACAAGCUUGUGGGAACCUGCUUUUGUUUUCGAAGAAAAUGAUCAACUUUGAAGCUCCGUUCUGAAAUCUUCCAAUCCUAUCCAAGCUGUGCAUCACCUUAUAUAGUGUGCCAAUUUAGGGUUGUUAUGUCUAGGUGCUCUAAGCAAAUUGAGCAGAACUGAUUGAGCAGAUAGUGUAUUUAAUAUAUUGUGUAGUUUAGUCUCACUCAUCUGCUGUUAAGCCUUUGUUGGACAUAGCAGUAUAUAUUCAGACUAUUGGGAUAUAGUAAUAAAACUGUGAGUGCAAGACUAGAUUACUUUGGCUAGUUUAGUGUGAAGCAGAAAAGGAGCCUGGUUCAGUCAGUUGAGUUUGGGUCGGGUGCGGUUCUGGAGCGGCCAUGCUUUCGAAAGUCCAGCCCUGCUUCCAGCUUCUGAGGAUAGGCUCCUCCUCCCCGGCCACGGACGCGGCGCGGGACCUGUACACGUUCCGGCCGGCCCUGAGCCACUCGCUGUUCCGCCUGGGGCGCACGGUGGAGCUGUGCGACGUGGUGCUGCAGUCCGCCUCCAUCUCCAGGAUCCACGCCGAGCUGCACGCCGAGAGGGAGGAGGCCGAGGAGGCCAAGGAGGAGGGGUGGAGGGUGCUCAUCAAGGACCGCAGCAGCCACGGCACAUGGGUGAAUGAAAUUCGCCUGCAACCAGGUGUCCAGUGGGAGCUCUCCGAUGGCGACACACUCACGUUUGGUGGGCAGUCUGAAGGAGGAAGCCCCGAGUUUUACUUCCUCUUCCAGAAAGUUCUGGUUCGACCCUCUGACUUUGAUGCCAUCACUGUCCCAAAGGCAAGCUCGUUCUCCUCCGACCUUCAGAACCGAAUCAGGACCAGCCUGGACCCCAAGACGGAACCAAAUUUAGAUCUCUCCCCCCUGUCCAUAAACAAGGCAACUGUCAUAUUGAACUCUAUCGGAAGCCUGAGCAAAAUGAACGGGAGCUGUUGGACUUUCAAGAGGACAGACAAAAACAAUACGCACCAAAAUUCCGCCUCCUCUCCGACCUUCCGGUCCAUAAUCCCUCCCUCCACCCCACCAUCCUUUCCCUCCGCCACCUCGGUCUCCGCGUCGAUGUCCGUGCCCCCCUCCUCCAAAAGCAGGCGGAAGUCCGCUCACACGGUCCUGCUGGAGGACGACAGCUCGGACGAAAUGCACAAAAACGGAGAGGCGGAAGACCGGCGGAGGAAGAAGGGGAGGAAGCGGAGGCGCCUCUGCAGGUCCGAGUCGGAGGCCUUCCAGGCCUGGGGGCCCAAGGCGGAGCAGGCCGCCGGCAGGCAGGCCGCGCGCGGGCAGUUCGACCUGAAGCCGGAGCCGAGCCGCGGCGCCCCGUGCUCCGCCCUGCGGGUGAGCGCCAAGCCCGGCCACGUGUUCGCCGUCUCCGCCCAGAGGCAGGGGUUCCGGUGGAACCUGAAGGUGGGCCCGGACGUCAGGGCCCCCCCGCCACUGCCACACUCCGCCAGGAAAGCGCUUCCCCUGUCCUCCCGAGGGAGGAGGAGGGCCCACAGCUCCCCCGUCUACUCCUCCAUGGUGGUGGGGGGGGAGAACUACACGCUGGUCUCCCCGUCCCUGAGGCUGUAUGAGGGAGACGGGGACAGGGAGAGGGGGGAGUUCACUCGAUUGCGCAUCAAUAGUGGUAAACGUCGGGGCAGGCCAAGAAAGCACCCGCUCCCUCAGCCGCCCACGUGCUCCCCUUCGUCGUCCUCAUCCUCGUCCUCCUCUUCCUCCUCCUCCUCCUCCUCGUCGUCCUCCUCCUCCUCCGAGGACGAGAGGGUGCGGGGGGAGGAGCCCUGCGCCUCGGCCCGCUGCCGCCUGCCCCAGCAGGAGACGGUGCAGUGGAUCCAGUGCGACGACUGUGACGCCUGGUACCACGUGGACUGCAUCGAGCGCGCCCAGGGGUCCCGUGCGAUCGACACCAGCGCGGACUUCCACUGCGGCUGCCGGUGAGAGAACCCCGCGCGCGGGUCGGACAUUCCACAUCGCCACCUCCGCCGAACAGAAGCCGGAACAUCACACCAUCUGCUUACAGCACAAUGCAGUUUGCCCAAUCCAUACCGAACGGAAUCCCAAUGGUUGUUCCGAUUGUACAUGCUUCAGCGACUGUUUCUUUCGAAUCCUUGAUAAUAGGACGUUGCCCGGGUGAUUGUUGGGGCUGGAGCCCAUUCUCUGUCCUGUGCUUGAAACGGAUACAAGACUGUCUCCUGACAGAUUGCCGCUUGCAGGUGCCAAGCAAGAGACAGGGACCAAGUGCCAUUUCUGAAAUUUCAUUUGAGGCUCUGGUCCUUAUCUGACUGUGUGCGAUGUGCGCAUUGGCAGUCUGAGCACAGGGACUGGGAGCCGUUUCAGCAAAGCGUGGCUGUCGGACAGCCUGUUGCUGUGCCUAGCGCACGCAGGAGAUUUCGCGCGUCUGUGAAAACACCUUACAGAGCAGUGCCUUUCCUGACUUUUUAUAAAUGUGUUUGAUGGUGUUGAUUAUCUAAUGCUCAGACUGUUAUGACAAAACAAUAGGUGGACAAUCCAGGUUCAGUAAGUAGAAGUACCCCCCAGUAUUUUGUUCCCUGGAUUUGCUAAUUAGCACAAUUCUUCAGCCCAGAGAGAUAAUUAAUUAGUGAAAUAAGCUGGCUGAAUUCAUGGGUGGGAGAAAGGCACUGUAGGAUUUUUACUUUCUGACCCCUGGACUUUCCACCUCUCCCAAUAAUUAGUCCUUCAAAAUGCAGUAGAGAGUUAGUUAUGGCUCAAAUGUAACCACCAGCGAAUGAUCUGGGAUUGGCUUAAUUGGUACCAGAGAUCUCAUCCGAACCCAUAUCCAUUUUGUGGAAAAGAGGGAUGCUGAUCUGCCAUCAGUGUAGCACCUGUCUCCACCAUUUGUAACCUAAGAGAAUACCAGGGGUGCUGGGAGAUGUCUGAUUUCCAGCACAGGCAAUCAUUUUCGGGCACUAUGGGUUGAUUUUCUUGGUGGUUUAAAAAAAAAAAAAAGAAAAAAAGAUGCUGAUCAGAGCUUCAUUUUUACUGUGGAAUUUGGUGAAGCGAGAUUUUGUAUUAUAACUACUUCAAAUGACCUGUGCUCUCCCUUUCUAAUGCUGUAUUUAAUAUAUAUCCAUGUCCAACGAGCAUAUCGAUAGAUGUUAGUUGGUAUAUAUAAAUUUGAAUAUGAGUGUUCACUUCGAUUUGAGGGAUCCGCCAACAAGAGUGUAAUCUGUGAUUUCUGCUCAUAAUGUUUUGGCUAUCAUGGAAAAAUAAACAUAUUGAAAGACA